AUGAGCCCAUUUGAGAUUGCCUAUUGUCGNGCAUUGCCUCAAGCAAAAUUUGCCUAUAAGAGGUCGAAGAAUAGAACAACAGGAAUGAGCCCAUUUGAGAUUGCCUAUUGUCGAAAUCCAUUCGGAGUACUUGACUUAGCCCCUAUCCCACGUGUGGGUCGUUUUAGUCACAAGGCCGAUGAGAUGGCAGAACAUCUUUGGGAUAUCCAUGAACAGGUCAAGCUGGCCAUUCAAGAGAGUAAUGCCAACAAUCGCCUCUACAACUUCACCGGACAAAAUGAUACCGAUCCCACAUUGGAUCCCAACUACAUCGUCAAACUAAAAAUUAAAUGCAACCCAGGAGACCAGAAUUCCAUUGUCGAAAUGGAUCCAGGAAGUGUCAAGACAUUUGAUGAAUCUUAUUAUACACUUGUGGCCAAAAGAAGAGGACUCCUCCAAUCAGAUGCAGCUCUUUUAGAUGACAAUGAAACAAAAUCCUAUCUCAAAUUUCAAGCUCUUAACCAUGGACCUACUUUCUUCAAGGAUUUUGGUGAAUCAAUGGUGAAAAUGGGUCGGAUCGGGGUCCUUACGGGUACAACAGGUGAAAUCAGAAAAGUUUGCACUAAGGUUAACUGA